ACUUGGUUUUGUGUUAGACGCUGUACAAUGCCCGAAUCAAUGGUUACCGAGCAACAACCUGAGGAGUUCGCGUUUCAGGCUGAGAUCGCCCAGCUUAUGAGCCUGAUUAUCAACACUUUCUACUCCAACAAAGAGAUAUUUCUUCGUGAGCUUAUAUCUAAUGCUAGUGACGCUCUGGACAAGUUGAGGUAUAAGAGUUUGACUGAUCCAUCAGUUCUUGAUUCCGGAGAAGAUAUGUAUGUCAAGUUGAUACCCAACAAGGAGGCUGGAACUUUGACUGUCCUGGAUACUGGUAUUGGUAUGACGAAAGCAGAUUUGAUUAAGAAUUUGGGUACGAUCGCUUCCUCUGGCACGAAGGCGUUUAUGGAGGCUCUGGCUGAUGGUGCAGAUAUAUCGAUGAUUGGUCAAUUUGGUGUAGGUUUCUAUUCUGCCUACCUUAUAGCCGACCGGGUUCAAGUAGUGACGAAAAAUAAUGAUGAUGACCAGUACAUUUGGGAGUCGUCCGCUGGUGGAACUUUCACAAUUGCACCAGAUGACAGUGAGUUGCCAAAACGAGGCACUAAGGUGAUAUUGCAUCUCAAAGAAGAUCAACUAGAUUUUCUUGAAGAGAGAAAAAUUCGAGAUAUAGUGAAGAAACAUUCUAAUUUUAUUAACUAUCCCAUCAAGCUGGUUGUUAAUAAAGAGCGGACCAAGGAAGUGUCUGAUGAUGAGGCUGAAAAGUCCGAGUCGAAAGAAACUGACGAGGCUGACGACAAACCGAAAGUCGAAGACCUAGAUGAAGACGAGGAAGAGGAGAAUAAGGAAAAGAAAAAUAAAAAGAAG